CAUUAGGGGGCAGAAAAGAGCAGGCAGAGCAGGUGGUCGUCCCACUGGAGUCGUGCUUGUGUGCACCUAACGAGUUUACUUGCAGUAUUCGCUCUCCUCGCUCUGUUUCACAACUCCUGGGAAGAGUAUCUGCCACUUCAGCUGCUUUUUGGUCGUUUCAGGCUGAAAUAUCUCGACAGCUGCCAAAUGGAUUGCAGUACUGGAAUGUAACGAAGUACAAAUUUAAGGAUGGGCAGGGCAGAUCCCAGAAUACAAUCUGAAUCUCUGAGACCUUUCACUCCACUGCAACAUUACUACGCAAUUACUACAGUUAUACUACAGAAACUACUUUACGCUUACUGUAAAAUUUAUUUAACCUACCACGGAUUCUCCCAUUCUACAAGAGGAUCACAACAUCUUCGGAAACCCACUUCAUCUCCUGCAGAAAGUAUUCAUUCUGCUACUGCUGCAACUACACACGGGAUUACAACAGUCUGCCAGAAACUUCUGCCGAGGUCCCACCAGUCAAACCAGGAGACACAAGAACCUGCCACCUCAGGCUGGACAGGAACAAGAAGCCAGAACCAGUCCAGGCCAGUACCAAACAAGUAACUGAGUCUGACUCUGUAGAACGGAACUAACCAGGCCAGAAGAGACCAGUAAAAAACGGUGAAGGCCAUUGGAAAAGUUUGAUGGGACUGCUGACAAUAGCCACAUGCCUCUGAGUCCGGCUGCUGACACCAAACAUGAUCGCCCGCGGCAACAGGCGGUUACUAACGGCAACCCGACAGGCUCUGCUGUUGCCAGGGACGACGACGCGGAUGACACGCCCCCUGGAAACAGCAUUGUCGUCCGCAUCGGCAUCCCGGACCUGCAGCAGACGAAGUGUUUGCGGUUGGACCCAGAGUUACCAGUUUGGACCAGUAAGCAGAGGGUACUGGUGACGUUGACUCAGUCUCUGUCGGAUGUUUUGAACUAUGGUCUCUUCCAGCCGGCGUUCAACGGCCGAGCCGGAAAGUUUCUGGACGAGGAGCGGCUGCUGAAGGAGUAUCCCCUCCCUCCCAUCACGCCCAUCCCAUACCUGGAGUUUCGGUAUAAGAGGAGAAUUUACACGCAAAGCUAUGUGGACGAUAAACAACUGGCCAAGCUACACACCAAGGCCAACCUGAAGCGCUUCAUGGAACAUGUUCAUCAGAAGAACGUGGAGAAGGUUUCCAAAUGGUUGGAGAAGGGCCUGGACCCCAACUUCCACGACUCUGACACUGGGGAGUGUCCUCUGACUCUGGCCGUCCAGCUGGAGGAGAGCUGUGAGCUGAUUAAAGUCCUUCGCAGUGGAGGAGCUCACCUGGACUUCAGGACCAGAGACGGCAUCACGGCUCUGCAUCGAGCCGUCCUAUGCAGGAACAGCACUUCUCUCACCACUCUGCUGGACCUCGGAGCGUCUCCAGACUACAAGGACAGCAGAGGUCUGACUCCUCUCUAUCACUCUGCCAUGGUGGGCGGCGCCCCCUACUGCUGUGAGCUGCUGCUGCAGGACCACGCCACCAUCGGAAUGACUGAUGAGAACGGGUGGCAGGAAAUCCACCAGGCGUGUCGCUAUGGUAACGUGCAGCACUUGGAGCACCUGCUGUUCUACGGCGCUGACAUGAGUUCCCAGAAUGCAUCAGGAAACACCGCACUGCACCUCUGUGCUCUCUACAACCAGGACAGCUGCGCCAGAGUGCUGCUGUUCAGAGGAGCAAAUAAAGACAUCAAAAACUACAACAACCAGACCGCCUUUCAGGUCGCGAUAAUUGCUGGGAACUUUGAUCUCGCAGAAAUUAUUAAGAUCCACAAAACGUGUGACGUUGUAGUUCCCUUCAGAGAAACGCCAUCCUACACAAAGCGUCGCCGAGUCGGCCAAACCAGGGCGCCGGCUGGAAACGGUCUCUCUUCUCCGCGUUCUCUGAUUCGCUCAGCCAGUGACAACGCUCUGGAAAGCCCCGCCUCCUCUCCUGGCCCCUCCCUCCAAAGCCUGGAAACACACCACGACACACACACACACUCUCUACGACGACACACACGCCGACUCAGGUACACACACGCACACAUACACGUAGAUCCUUAGGUACUACCCUGUCUGUCUUUGACCCGUCUGUCUCUCCCUAACCUGUCUCUCUGCAGCCCGAGCGGUGGCGGCCAUGUGGAAACCAGUCCCCCUUCCUCUCCUCCACCAACCCCCCAGAUGAGGAAGAGGAGGCUGUACAGCGCUGUACCAGGACGCACCUUCAUCGCCACGCGGUCCCACGUCCCCCAGGGGCCCGGAGAGAUCCAGCUGCACCGAGGAGAGAGGGUCAAAGUUCUGUCUAUAGGAGAAGGAGGAUUCUGGGAAGGAAGCGUUAAAGGAAGGACUGGUUGGUUUCCUGCUGACUGCGUUGAGGAAGUCCAGAUGAGACAAUAUGACCCACGACUGGAGACGCGGGAGGACCGCACUAAGAGACUGUUCAGACAUUAUACUGUAGGUUCCUAUGACAACUACACCUCCUACAGUGACUACGUGAUCGAGGAGAAGACGGCCGUGCUGCAGAAGAGAGAGAGCGAGGGAUUCGGCUUCGUCCUCAGGGGAGCUAAAGCUGAGACCCCCAUUGAGGAGUUUGCCCCCACGCCGGCGUUCCCUGCCCUGCAGUACCUGGAGUCGGUCGACCAGGGGGGCGUGGCCUGGAGGGCGGGGCUACGGACAGGAGACUUCCUGAUAGAGGUGAACGGUGCUGACGUGGUGAAGGUGGGUCACCGGCAGGUCGUCUCUCUGAUCCGUCAAGGUGGAAGUCGACUGGUGAUGAAGGUCGUUUCUGUUUCCAGAAAGUCAGAAUCCAACCUGAUCAGGAAGAAAGCUCCACCUCCUCCUAAACGAGCCCCCAGCACCUCAUUGACACUCCGAUCCAAGUCCAUGACCGCUGACCUGGAGGAGAUAGAGAAACUGGAUGAGAUGUUGGCCGGGGGUCAGCAGGAAGUCGUUCUAAGGGCUCGCCCGUCAGACGACUUCAGAGCGGCGACGGUGAAACAGAGGCCGACCAGCCGACGCAUCACGCAGGCUGAGAUUAACUCCUUGUUUGAGCGUCAGGGCCUGGUGCCCCCCACAGCUCCAGAGAAAAGCACCAUGGCUUUACCCCGAGGAAUGUCCAGAACCAAGAGCUUUGGCACACCCGAGGACGACAGGAUCACAGCUCUGAUCAAUGAAAGUCGGUUCCCGCGGAGUUCCUCACUGACGGACAGCUUCAUCCCUCCUCCUCCCCAGACAGCUCCGCCCCCUCCUCCCUCCGCAUCCUCCACCUCCUCGCUCUUCCUCCUUGACUCCGGCCCUCCCCCGUCCUUCCUCCCCCCUCCUCCUCCAGCCAGGGGGGAGGGGCUAACGCGGUCCAGCUUCAAGCCAGGGGCGGAGCCAAGGCUCCAGGAGCUCUCUGAUUCACCAACGAGGAGCCACGCCCAUGCCGAGCGGCAGAGGAAGGCGAGGUCGAUGAUCAUCCUGCAGGACACGCCGCCGCCACUGCAGCCUGACGCACACGCCGCUGCCACGCACACACUGCACACUGCCACGCACACUGCAACGCACACGCUUCACACCGCCACACACACCUCCACGCUGUCUCUCCACAGCACCAGCCCCGCCCUCGGUCACUCACCGCUGUCACGCCGCCGGGGACGACCAAUAGAAAACCCUUACGCUAAUGUGGGACAACAGGCUCCGCCCUCCAAGCCGCAGAGGAGGAAGUCACCUUUGUUGAAACAACUUCCUGUUGAGGAGCAGGGACUUGGAAUGAAAGAUCACGACCCGUCCAAAUUAGAGCCGCCCAGCAGCCCCAGUAGGGCGGAGCUGUACCAGCAGCAGGUUCUUUCGGAGCGUGCUCGGGUUCAGGGCCGCAGGUCGUCUCUCUUCCUGUCUGUGGAAGGAUCCGGGUCAGAAAACCAGGUGCCUCCCCUCCUGACUCAGAGCCAUUCAAUGGACGACCUCGGCGAGCUUCCCCCUCCGGCGCCGGUCCUGUCGCCCUCGCCAACACCUCACACCUUCCUCCACCCACUGACGGGGAAACCUCUAGACCCCUCGUCUCCACUCGCCCUGGCACUUGCUGCACGAGAACGAGCGCUCACUGCUCGGACGCCGAGCCCUGAGCCUCGACUGAAACACGCCUCUGCCUCCACCACACCCAUCCCCACCCCAGCCGCCAGCCCGGAGGGAAGACAUAAGCGCACCCCUAUUACCACCCCGCAGAGCAGCCCUGAGCCACGAUCUAAACGCACCACCCCUCAGACGAGCCCCGAGCAGCGAACCAAGCGCACCACUCCCCAGACCAGUCCUGAGCUGAGGCAUAAGCGCAUAACCCCACCCCUGUUCCCUGAUGGACAGGUGGAGCGUCCAGAAACAGAGGGAGGAGUGACAUCACCUGCCGGCCCUUCACCUGAGCGCUGGAAACCCAGCCCCUUGCCUUCGCUGGCCAAUGAGAGUCACUCUGCUUUGAUUGACAGGCGCAGGAGCCUGACGGUGGGCAGCUCGGAGGAGGAGGGCGGGGCUUACACGGUAACACUCCCGCCGGCGUUGUUGUCAUCCAGUGAUGAGGAGACACGGGAGGAGCUCCGCAGAAUCGGUCUGGUAACUCCACCCCCUGCCUUCUCCACUCCUCCUGCGCCUCCUCCCCCGUCCUCCCUCACCUUGUUGCCCCGGCGAGGUGGAGAAGGAGGGGGAGGAGAGUGUGGUCCUGACUCCCUGGGUAGACGAGGAGAUGAGGAGGAGGGAGGUAAUGAACGGCUCCAUGACAGCUCCUCCUCCCCCAGCUCGCUCCCACCUUCCAUCACCUUAGCUUCUCCUCCUGCUCCAUCAUCCCCCUCCUCCCCUCCUGCUGCUCACCCUUCUCCCUCAUCCCCCUCCACCUCCCCAAUUGCUCUUAAGCCACGCCUUCGCUCACCUAUCGGUCGGGGCCGCUCAGCCCUCCGGGACCCGCUGCUGAAGCAAUCAUCAGACAGUGAGCUCCUCCCAUCUGCUGCAUCCUCCUCCACCCCCUCUUCCCCACUCUGUUCCUCACCCACCACUGGAGGUGGCAGGCAGCCACGUUACCUGUUCCAGAGGAGAUCCAAGCUGUGGGGUGGAGACGACCGCGGAGAGGAGCGGCGGGGCCUCAGCCCGGAGGAAGGGGGAGGCCGUCCCGCAGCACUGGGAGGUCAGGGUUCGGGGUCAGCCAUGGAUCUGACCAGCCGGUCGGCGUCAGCUCUGGAGCUGAGUGGCAGGGCGGGAUCUGGACUGGAUCUCGCUAAUCGGCUACAGCUGCUCAACAAAGACAGUCACUCGCUGGGUGAGGAGCCGAGUCCCCUCGAUCCGGGCCGGAGAUCACCAGUGGGAGGCGCCAGAUGUGUGGACAGUGGUGAGAGUAAAGCGUUGUUCUCUAGUCUUGGUGAACUCCACACCAUCUCCCAGCGAGGAUAUGGAACCAGCUAUACAGUCCGACCAGGAAGCCGCUACCCUGUCACCCGCCGGAGCCCAUCCCCCUCUCCCUCCCCGUCUGAUAGGUCAAUAGGGCUCCCCUCCUCCUGCUCUGAAAGACCCGAUCUGAGCUCAGGUCGUGGUCUAACCAUCCUGAAAUCGUCCAGUCUCAGUCUCCCCUCAGAACCAAAGGAGGUUCGGUUUGUGAUGCGAAGUGCGAGUGCACGAACCAGAUCCCGUUCACCCUCACCUUCACCCCACGCCUCUCCCUGCCCCUCCCCGGUCCUCAGUGGGCCCCUGUUGGCCCUUCGGCCAUGGAGGCAGCGGCCUCUCAAUCUGUGGAAUAAAUAUGAUGUGGGUGACUGGCUGGAGAGCGUGGGCCUGGCCGAACACCGCCAGCGCUUUCAGGAGCACGAGAUCGAAGGCUCCCAUCUCCCCGCUCUCACCAAAGACGACUACGUGGAGCUGGGCGUCACCAGACUCGGGCACCGAAUCAACAUCGAGCGGGCGCUCAGACAGCUGCUGGAUGGGUCCACUUGACCCCUCACCUCCGACCACUAACCUCUAGACAUCCUGAACUGUGAUCUCAGAUCCCCUGACCUCUGGUCAGACACUAGGCCAUCUCUUUGACUAGGAUAUCUUAGCAGUGACUAAAUCAUUAGACCUUUUUACCAAUGUGGAGCCCAGCUCUCUGAGUGAUCUCGGUGACGUUUUGGCUUAUCAGCUCUUUGAUCAACCUGAAAGGUCUGGUAGCACCAAAGUCUGUGUCCAGUAUUCAGCUUUAGUGUUGUUUUAGACCUUUAAGAUUCAGCUUGACCUCUUUCAUCUUGUACCUGGCUUUUAUGUCAUAACAACGCUCAAUCACGUGUGACAUUUAGAAGUGAGGAAAUAACAAAUUGGAAAAAAAAUCAUAGAAAUUUAAAGACUCACAAUUGAUCCACAUCACAUCAGUUUUUGAGGUCUCUUCACAGGUAAUAUGCUAAAAUCUAAUAUAAACCCCAAAUCUAACCAUCAAAACCCCAAAGAUAUCAAUUUUCCCGUCAAACGGGACCAAGAAUCGAGCUAAUUUUCACAUUUCCCUCAAAUUUAAAAAUUGUUUCCCAACAGUUUCCUUUUCCUCAGUCAACGACUUGACCAGUUAAUCUGUUGGAUGGAGCUAAUAAACUCUUCUAGCAGGUUUUACGUACAGCUGCUAACACUCUGCUCUAACUAGUGAAAUAGUUGCAUCAAAUACUGACGUAACAAAGCUGUUAAAUAACUUUCUUUUUACGUCUGCUGUAUAUUCUGUUCUGGAUUACUGGAAAACUUUAGCUUUAGUUUUAGCUUGCUGUUAGAGACCCUGCUAAAGCUAGCUUAUACAUCCAUACAGUGUUAGCAUGUGGCUAAUUACAGCUGGACAGCUUUACUGCCAGUCCCAGCAGGUGAAGGGACGUCGAUCAAAGAGCUGAUCUGACAACCUGAUUGCUGACAUAAGAAACAGACUGUUUUCAUCGCACCAUUCUGCUUCCCUGGACGAGUUUAGCUCGACUUUUGCUAGCAGAGCUGGAUGAUUAGCUGGCUACUGGGAGUCUCCACCUGAACAACAGGAGAUUAGCUGAGGAUUUUUCUCUGGACUUUUUUUCCAAUUAUCACUCAUGAAGAAUUUGUGUUUAUUUUGAGUUCAUAUCCGAAUAACGAUCAUUUAGAAUUUAUGAUUAACAAGUAAUAAUAAUGUGGUGGUGACGACUUACACAGUUUAUAGUAGUUUGGAAAAUGAUUUUGAGUUCCUUAUGAUUUGACAAUGAGUUGAAUUUCAAGGUCGUUUUGGUGGUGUUUUGGAAUUCAUAAUGAUUUGUCAAUGAGAGUGAUUUUGUGCUGAUGUGCUGUGUGUUUCAGGGAGAGCUGCAGCAGAGCUCCAACUGUAAACCUCUCUGGUUUCUAACCUGCUUAUUGAGGGCUUACUGUACAUGGUGCUAUCUGUUUAAAGCCAUCUGUACAGAAAAUACCUUCCUCCUUCCCCUCCUACUCCUUCCUUACACUGACACCUGAAUCUCUUAGGCCCCCUCCACUUAAGUCUAGUGUUUUAUUCCCUAAUUAAUCAGUCAAGUGUGGCUGUACCUGCCACAACCAUCUUAUACGAAUAGUAUUUCACCAGGAACAGGCCAUAUAUGGAGUUUCCUCCCUGCCAUAUUGGGGAUUUCUUCCCUGCCAUACAUGGAGUUUCCUCCAGACCAUAAGAGUUGAGUGUUGUCCAUUCACUGCUUAAUUUGACCGAACUUUGACCUAUGAAAUGUCAGAGUUCUCCUGUUUCCGGCCAAUUGGGUAGAAAGAGCAGAAUUAACGCCUGAUUAGGGAGGUAUAAUUCACAUCCUUUAUACGUCACCGCACAGUGAAAUGCUACACGUGUCGGAGAGGACGGGAAGUCGUGAUGCUGCUUGUCUGUUUGGCCAAGAACAAUCACGGACGUUAAUGACGAUAAAGUCGACUGGCUGAGAUGAUUUUUUAAAAAAAACAAAGCCGAGGGUCACUUCAAAAUACAAAACACUAAAACAGGACUGAAACAUUUUAUUCAUUAAGACUUCACGACACCUGAAAGGCCUUCAUCAUUAUGAACAUUCAGUAAACUUUACCAUACAGUCAAGUGAAUUUUUAUUAGACGGCCCAAAAUCACUAACUUUCCAAAAGCAGCUAAUCUGUACAUCAUACGCUCCAUCACAACAUGCAUUUGGCCACAGACUGUCAGUAACACGUUUAAAUUAAUCAGAGCCCAACAACCACAUAAUCAGCUGCAGUGCGGAAAUGUAAUAAUUUAACAAUGUUUUGUGCCAAAACAAAAACAUUGUGUCAGACAAACUGAUGCGUCACCCAGCUUUACUGUAUCAAAGUAAAUUUAACAUUUGAAAAUCCAGUCUGACCGACCGCUAACCACAUUAGCGGGCGCAGCUCUUAAAGAAAAUGUCCCGCCUUUCAUUACACACAACACAACUUUGCAGACGGAUUGUAAGACUUUUUGUUUAGCUUAGAUCAGCACAAAGACUGGAGGUGGGGGGAAACUGCCAACUUAGCUUUAUCAAAAGUGAAAAAAUACACCUGCCAACAGAAAAGCUGUUUGAUUUACAUGUUGUGUCUUGUUUGCUAGCAAGCCAGUCACCAACACCAGCUGAGUUUAGUGGACCGUCGGAGUUCAGACCCCUCAUGAUGCUAACUGCUGCUAAAACCACACGGGCUCAUUAUUAUUUCACCGCCUUUCUGCCUCUGUACAAUAAACAAGACACAGAAAACAGAUAAGACAUGUCUGAAAUCAGUGAAAGGAGUAGUACUUCUUUCACUUUUUUCUUCUUAGCUGGAAUCAGGAAGCUGAUUUUUUUAACAGCACUUUGAGUGUUUUUUAAUGGAGGGAACUGCUCGCCAUUACUGCUCCUCCACAGCUUCGUAGUCUGCCCGACGUGUUACAGUCUCUCCUUUGGAUUCCCCUACGAAGCACAAUCAACGUUCCAGUGCCUGUUUGCACAACAGCAAGUGUGUUUACCCGCAGCUUUUCCAACUCGUGCGCCCGAACACGAGCUGAGCCACAAUCGUGAAUCCCAAAGUCGUACAAGUUCAGGGUGCCGUCGUGCGGGAAAAGCUUCACCUGUCCUGAGGUGUGAAGUGUAUAGUCUAUGUACAGCACAAUACAGUAGACUUUAUAGUCUGUAUAAUAUAUUAUGGUAGAACAAUGUAGCUAUCAUGUAACAUAUAAAGUAUAAUAGACAAAAAAUCUACACAGUAAUAUUUUGGUAGGCUAUAGUCUGUAAAGUCUUUAUCUACAUGUGAUAUUCAGUCUUUGUAAACAGCAACACAUCCAAAGUUCAUACAACAUGACAGAACAAUCCCAUUUAACAUUUGAGUGAGAGAGCAGAGACUUCUGGGAACAUGGAUACGCCGCCACGCGAUCCAGCAGUGUUUCAAGAGUAACUUAACACUCGUAUGAGUUAAUAAGCAACACCUACACUCGGUUAGUUCCAAUCCCAGUCUGACGUGUUCAUAGCCAGAGCCGUCAUCAAACUGAACUCCUGUCCAAAAUGUGCGUGUUGGGUGUGACUUUGGUGUUUAUGUAAAAAUACUGCAGUAAAACAAGUGGAAGAUGAUCCCAGAGGUACACGAGGACCUGCUGGAUGAGAACGUUGAGGAGUUUGUCUCAUCGCAGUUUGAUUUUUAUAGAGUAUAUAUGCUGUUGAAAUGAAGGGGACGUUGUGAUCUCAGCAUCUGAUUAUUAAAGAUGUUGCAGUGAAAGAACGCAGGCGUGACGACAGGUGUGACUGAUCAACAGAAACUAUUUUAAUGACCCGAAAUGACAGCGAAACGUGUUAGUCUCGCCUUGUUAGUCACAGGAAAUCCGCCUGCUUUUGGCGCUUGCUGGCUUUUUUGUCUGAUUGCUGAUAAAAAUGACUUCAAAUUAUUUUUUUUCAUAUUAGAUUUAUAUUUUGUAUUAAUAAUUCAUAUGUGCAAAGUAACUUAACUUAAUAAAUGUAAUGUAAAAGUAUUUAGUGCAGUGAAGUGUAAAGUAGCAGAAAAUGGAAAUACUCAAGUACAAGUAUUGUACUUAAGUUUGGCUAAACUGACUUGUUUAACGUUCAGUCCCCCGCCGGUUAUCUGAAACUUUUACACUAACAUUUUUUUAUUUUCACCACAAAUGCACACCAGGCCAAACCAGGCCCAAAUGUGGCUUAUCGAUAUCAGCUGAUCCACCACACGUUUUCAGUCGUUGAUCUCUAAAGCAGUUCUGGUGGCUGUUGACACUGAGUGAAUAUCACACUGAUAUGAUUGUAUUUAGAGUUUAUAUAUUAACGGACUAAAGUCUACUGUACAGUCAGCGUCAGAACGAGCCGCGAGUCGUCGCUUGCUCUGCAGUGUUACAAUAACAAUCGGCGAUGGAUGUCAUGUGACCUCCUCACCUCCGACCUCAGGUUCCCACUGGGAGUCCCUCUGUGAGGUCCUUCACCUGCUGUAGGAUUUCUCAGCCAAUCAGAAACCAGCCAACCUGCUGCUAAAAUUUUUUUUAAAGCAGUCAUCAGUGACAUGAUGACAAAGCUAAUGUCCCUCCGCCGCGAGAAGUAGUUCCUCUUUCAUUUUUCCCCCAGAAGUUCUGCCUUCUGUUACCAGUCACGGGUUAGACAGAUUCUCUCCCACGUACAGAAAUAUGUUUAAUUAGCAGUGGUCAAAAGUACAGUUACUACAUUUACAGUGCUUGGAUACAAUUUUGAGGUACUUCAGUUAGUUUCAAUGCCCUACCUUUCACAGAGAAUUGUUGUACAUCCCGCGUCACAUUUAUUUAGGAUCUUUGGUUACUUGUCAAAUUUAGAUCCUGCACACAAAAGCCGAGUUCAUGAGCUGAUCAGUUUUUACAGAUUAAAAAGUAAACGCCACCUUCAUGUACUCACAGUGGCCACAAACUGCACUGUGAGUACAUGAUGUUAGUACUUCUGUGCUUCCUCCACCGCUGCUAAUUCAAACACUGGAAAAUGGAGACAAAAUGGCCACCCAGUCUGAGCGUUAACAAAGAAGAGAACGAUCGUACAAAAAGAUGGAAUAAAGAGCCAAAAUGGCUGCCACAGCGAUUACUGACUUUACCAUCGUAACGCCUCAGCUUCCUGCUGAUUGGCUGAGAAUCCUGGCUUUCCAACCUGCUGUGUGAAACCUUCCUCCUCCUGAUCUUCACCUGGUUUUAACAGUUUUAUGAUUACCCUCCUCCUCCACCUCCACCUCCUCCUCCUCCUUCUUUCUAGCUUCCUCUUUUUACAGUAUGUUUGUAGUUUCUUCUGGAGUGAGUGGUGUGUGUGUACUUGUAGUUUUUUUCUUCUUCCCUUUUCUAAAAUCUAAAGAGCACACAAUGACAACUGAUGAGCUCGGCAAGGCAACAGAUUGUAAUCUUUAUAAUAAACUGUCAUUUAUUACAAAGUUAAA